AUGGCACCCCGGAGAAAGAAGCAGAAGACCAACCACGCGCCCGCUGCGACUGACGCCACGGUACGAAGCACUACGCAACCCGCGAUCGACCGUCUACCUACCGAGUUACUGCAGAUGAGCUUCGAAUAUCUCAGCUUCCAUGACCUGAUACGAUGCAGACACGUGUGUGGGAAGUGGUUACUACGCAUACCGGGAAACGACACGGAUCUGCGCAAGAAACUAUUCCUGACAACCAAUCUUCCACCAUGGACACGUGAGCUACAUAUUCAAGCCGCUAACUACCUUUGCAAGCCUUUCGGACACACCUUCGCUAUGGAACCCAAUCGCCCGCGCAUUGUCACUGAGGACUAUUAUCCCGAGAGGCUACAAACCAAUCCCAUCCUCAAAACUGACAAGUCCGGGAUCAUGCUUACUUAUCCGGGCUUUCGCUUCUCAUCCGUGGAGCAAUUACGCGAGAAAGCGACAUCUCUCGAGAGCAAGGUCGACGAAGGCCUGUGGACCGAUAUGCUGAUACGCGUUCCUCCAAUGCAAAAGACGGAAUUACAUUUCGCCAUCUUUGCGGGCGGGUUUCGUAUCGAUUUCACACGCACACUUGCCGACAAUCGCGGGAUCCGACUCCAGAGCUUGGCUGACUCACUCAGGAGCUUGUUGAAAGAGAUGUUCAAGGAUCGGGUGGUGCCGCCUCAAGAUGAGGGUGGAAGUGGAGAGAAAGCAAAUGACAAAAGCGAGAAUAUGGGGGACAACAAGGGAGUGGACGAUCAUGACGACGACAAGCGUCCCGUAAAAGGCGACAGCGACGAUCAUUUGAGUAAUGCUACGGACAAUACAAAGAGCAGUGUCCCUGCCGUCACGGUCAAUCUACGAGCGGCUGCCGACUUACUCUGCGUUCCCGGCUCUUUCCCACAGGCCGUCAUCAAGUUCGAAGUAGAGUUCAACACAGACUUCAUUGACGCUCUUCUCCCUGAUGAUUUUCCUCUCCUAUCUAACUUUCCCUCCGGCACAACGUUCCAUCCGAUUCUUCUAGAUCUGGAAGGUCGUCUACCUCUCGUCGAUAACUUGUUUCGGACAUCCGACGGAGAGCCAUAUAGACACUUCUCCUUCGGGUCAUUUGAAGUCCUGAACGAAGUGUUGGAAAGAAGACAACGGCGGUCGCACAGAAACGAUGGCUCAUGGAAAGACAUGCUGUUGUGUGUGCCAGCUCAGCAGCGCAUCGACGUCAUCUUCGACUAUACGUAUUACUCCGGGUCGCAUCGUAACUAUACGCUUCUUGGAGAGAGCGGAUGCGGGGUUACAAUGGGUCAGUUUGUGAGGGCUUUCCGUGAUCAGUUGAAACAUAUUGAGGAGGACGUACGCGGAUUUCCCCAGGACAUGUUAGGUUACUGCAGUGAAUGCUGGGAGAAGAAUCACGAGCUUUGA